AGCCGGCCCUGCCUGCCAGACGCGCAGGCAGGGCUUCGCCAGCCCGGAGGGCACAGCGGCGCGAUGAGGUGCUCGCGCGGGCGCCUGCUUCUGGCCCUGCUCACGGCGCUCGCGCGGCGGGGCGCGGCGGAGCAGCCCCCGCCCGCUGGCCCGGACUGCGAGCCGGGGGAGGUCGAGUUCGAGAUCGUGCGGAUCGAUGGGGAACAGGUGGUCUUCCUCAGGAGGGGCCCUGGCUGCCCAAGCGCGGAGCCCGAGUUUCUGGCCGAGGAGACGACCACCGCCCUCUCCACCACCGAAGUGCCCGAGAGACACGACGCCAGUACCAGCGCCGAGGAGGUCUUCGCCGUUGGCUACGAGGGGGACACGACCACUGGCGGCGGAGACCCAGACCUCCAGGACACCACUGGCGGCGGCGGGGAGGCCGCUGGCGCCGGUGAGGACACCACCGCCGGCGGCGACGAAGGCGCCAGCUCGGGUGAGGACACCACCACCGGCGGCGGCGACGGCGGGGGGGACACCAGCACGGGCGCCCCGCAGGAGGGUGCGGGCGCGGGGGCGGCAGCGCAGUUGGCCCAGCAGGCGGCGGUGGCGGUGGCCUCGGGCGGCUCCCGCGGGGCCGUGGCCAUCGUCGCAGACCGCCGCGAGCAGCGGGCGGGCGGCGCCUCCUCGGUGGGCCUCCGGGGCGCGCCGUCGGUCGCCGUGCCAGUCUGGCUUUGGGCCUCCGGCCUCGCCCUGGGCCUCGGGCUCGUGCUGCUCCUCGCUGGCCCGCUGCGCCGCAGGGCCGCCGGGCCCGCGCCCGGGCCGCGCAGGACGAGUGCCGCCGCGCAGGGCGCCUGCCGCGCCGAGCAGGAGGAGCAGCAGGCGCUGCUCAGCGAGGCGGUGCGCCUUGCGCGCCGGGAGGCGGAGCGCAUGGCGCGCGAGGCCGAGGCGCUGCGCGCGGAGACCGAGGAGGCCGAGGCCGAGGCCAGGCGCGGGGAGGCCCAGGGAGAGGCGGAGGCGGAGGCCGCCGCGCGCGGCGGGGCGGAAGCCGGCGGCGCGCCCCCACGGCCCCGCUACGACGACCACAGGGCGGCGUACUUGCUGGCCGUGGAGGCGGACGGGCGGCGUGGGGGCCAGGAGGAGGCCGACGUCGCACGCAGCGCCCCCGCGGGCGCGGCCGGCGCGCCUGCCAGGCCGCCUGGCAGGAAGGCCUCGUGCAGCCCUUGCGGACGCAGGAAGCCGCGCGCCAGCGAACCGGCCCCGGCCUCGGGGCAGCGCCCGCGGCGUUGA